AUGAAUUAUAUUAGUUUUAUUCUAUUUGUUGCUCUAUUUUUUUAUUUUAUUAAACAAACUUAUGGUCAUGGUUAUUUAGCUGAUCCACCAGCACGUAGUUCAGCUUGGUUAUUUGAUAAAGAUUUUAAAACAUGUUGUACAUAUUAUAAUCAUAUGCAAAUGUUUUGUGGAGGAACUUCUCAUCAGUGGACUAGAAAUGGAGGUAAAUGUUCAAUUUGUGGUGAAGCUUAUGAUCUUGAACGUAAAUUAUUUGAUGUUGGUGGUGAAAUGUAUUUAGGUAAAAUUGUUCGAACAUAUAUUCAAGGUUCUAUAAUACCUGUUACAGUUGUUUUAACAGCAAAUCAUUUAGGUAUAUUUGAAUUUCGUAUAUGUAAUAUUGAUAAUAAUCCAAAUCAAGAUGCAACACAAAGUUGUCUUGAUUUUAAUAUAUUAAAAACAGUAAAUGGAUCAACACAAUAUCGUAUUACAUCAAAUCUUACAACUGUACAUCUUCAUUUAAAAUUACCAGAUCAACUUAUAUGUAAACAUUGUGUAUUUCAAUGGAAAUAUCGUACAGGUAAUAGUUGGGGAAUAUCAAAUGGUCGAGCUUGUCUUGGUUGUGGAAAAGAAAAUGAAGAAUUUUAUGGUUGUUCUGAUAUAGCAAUUAAUAGUCAAGUUGAAUCUAUUGUUAAUUCACCGCCAUCACCAACAAUAGUAGAAACGACUAUUGCUACUACUACAAAAGAAACAAUAAGACAAUUAAUAAAAUCUCAAAAUUGUAGAUCAAUAAUUACGUUUAGUCAAUCAUUUGAUAUUAGUAGGAUUAUGGAAAAAUAUUGUCAAAGAGUUUGUUCAAAUAAUUGUGCUUCGGAUAAAGUAGUUGGUAAUGAAAUACUUUAUAAUGGUUGUCUAGAUUCAUGUAAUAAAUUAUGUGCAUGUCAAUAA